UGCAGUAUUCAGACUGGCACAAACACAUAAUUUCUAUAUAAGACAUAAAAAAAAUAAAUUGACCCUAAAAAUUAUAAAUAGGAUUUUUAUAUAUCUUGUUCACUGGGAAAACACAUAUUAUCAAGCUCAUGCAGGUACAUCUUAUAAAAGGUAAGGUUAUGUUUCGAUGAAGUAAAUUUGGCUUUAUGUAAAAAUGUCUAUUUGAUCUAAUGCAACGACAGAAAUCUACUUACAUUAUUUGUGGUUUAAAUUACCAGAAACCUGUGAAGAGAUGGAGGAGGAAUUAGCCAACUCAUCCAAGUGCAUAAAAACAUCAAAAAUCAUUAACCAGGAUGAUGAAAGGGACGAGAUGGCAACUGAAACAGAAGAAGAAGCACUGAAGAAGAAAAACAUUUAUUAAAAGCUUAUUUUGAUUUUCUAAACCUGAUGCAUUCUGAAUUUUAGGCCUACUUAUUUGUUAUAAAUAUUAAAGUUUUUUGAAAAUCCAAUCCAAUGUCUUCACCAAGUUUGAUAUCUGAAGUUUUUGACCCUAUAAUGCAUUGUGCUCAUAUUACCAUGAACAGCAUGUAGCAAUAUAAUGCAACUUGUGUUAAUAGUAUUAAUAAGAAUAUAUGACGCAUUGUGACAUAUGAGAUAUUAGAAAUGCCCUUCUAAUGGACAUUAUAGUUUUGUAAAGUUGUCCAGAAAAGUCUGUCAUCAUUUACUCGCUGUCAUGAAUCCAAACCUGUACGACUUACUUCUUUCAGCUUCAGUCACCAUCCAUGAAAUGAAAGCAAAUGGUGACUAAAUCCAUCAGUUCUUUACAUUCAAAUAUAAUAUAGCUGUAUUUUUUUUUUUUUUUUUGAUGACCUCUACCUUGGCGACCUAUUAGAUUCAUGGUGAUUUAUUACAAUUUUGUAUUUAUUACAAAAUUUUCUGUCAAAUUAUUUUUAUUGAUAAUCAUGCCUUACAGAAAACUCUAAAGAGUUCUCUGAUUGAUACUAAAUGAAGAGCCGAACUUCCCAUCACUACACUGAACUGAAUUAGAGACCCAAUGUAGGGAAUAGUGAAUGAGGGUAUAGGGGGUGAUUUCGGAUUCAGCCUGUGAUUUUAGCCAAAGAGACUUUUAUUUUGGUGUGGCGCUGUGACGUCAUAUGCGCGCGCCGCGCUCUCGCGCCUGUGAUUCGGCUGAAGAAAGGUGAGUGGCUUUUAAUCAUUUAGUAUUUAAAUCGUUUAGAGAAAUACAUAUAAAACUUUGAAAUAAAUUAUUAUCGAAUGAAACAUUUAAUGCUUUAUCUAGUGACAUUAAUAAAGGAUAUUUUGUAUAAGCGAAAGCGCUUGAGUAAUGAGUAACAGAAGAGGUGUGUCUCAGUGAAUCAGUUUAUAAACACGAACCGAGAAAACGAGUCAACUGAAUCAAUUGCUUCUCAAAACGAUUCAGUGAUUCGAAUCACGCUGACGACACAAAACAGUGUAAAAACAAACCUAACGCGUGUAACAACUUUUACAAACCAACUAGAAAUGUUUUCAUGAGAUUGGAAUCUAUUAAAUAUAAUCUACAAAUCAGAAACCAAACAUAAAUAUUAAUACAAAUAUGAAAUAAUUUGCGUUCUGUAUGCCAGUUUUUGUCUUAUCAGGUAAUUUAAGGCCACUAUCUCUCACUCUGACUCCCUUAACAGUGUGCUGACCGAGACACUCAGAUUUAGCCUGAUUUCUUUAUUUCUUCUGUUAAUUAUUCAGAUCGAAAAGUGUCCAAACACACAGAAAAACUCCUGACAACUGAGAUCCACGUGACACUGUUAUAAAGAUGGCGUUUAUUAAAGAAGAGAGCGAAGACAUGAAGAUUGAAGAAGCUUUCAGAGUCAAACAAGAAGAUACUGAGGAACAAACAGACCCGAUGGCACUGAAAAAGGAAAGUCAUGAACUCAAUGAAGAGCAAGAGAAAAAUCAUUGUGAGAUGCAUCAUGAUUUCAUGACGGGUGAAAAACCCAGACAGACUGAAAAGAUUUCCUCACGAAAAAGAGCUCAGAAGACCAAACCUAACCGUUCUAAUCAAACACAAAAACAAAACCUUGAAAUCCACAAGAGAGUUCACACUAAAGAGAAGAUGUUUGUAUGUGAUCAGUGUGGAAAGAGUUUCUCAGACAAGAAAUGCCUUAAAAUGCAUGGAAUAAUUCACUCCGCAGAGAAACCUUUCAUGUGCCACCAGUGUGGAAAGACUUUCAAAUUAAACAAAUACCUUACGGAUCACAUGAGAGUUCACACAAAAGAGAGGCCUUUCACCUGCAAACAGUGUGGAAAGAGCUUCUCGCAAGAAGUACAUCUGAACACUCACUUGAAAGUUCACACUGGAGAGAAGCCGUUCACAUGUGAUCAGUGUGGAAAGAGUUUCAUACGUAAAGGAGACCUUAAAAGCCACAUGAGUCUUCACACUGGAGUGAGACCUUACAACUGCAAAGUGUGUGGGAAGAGUUUCUCAUGUAAAGGAAAUCUUAACACUCACAUGAGAACUCACACUGGAGAGAAGCCCUUCGCAUGUGAUCAGUGUGGAAAGAGUUUCAGAUUUAAAUCGACUCUUAGUUACCACAUGAAUAUUCACUCAAGGGAAAACCGUUUUAUAUGUCAUCAGUGUGGAAUGAGUUUUACAGACAGUAAUCAUCUUAAGAUUCAUGUAACGACUCACACUGGAGAGAAACCUAACAUGUGCCAUUACUGUGGAAAGAGCUUCACAAAGCAGUAUCACCUUAAGAAUCACAUUAGAGUUCACACUGGAGAGAAACCUUUCACCUGCUCUCAGUGCGGAAAGAGCUUCGCCAUUAAAGAAAACCUUCAGGCUCACAUGAGAGUUCACUCUGGAGAGAAGCCAUUCACCUGCCAUCAGUGUGGAAAGAGUUUCGGAUUUAAAGGGAACUUUAAGAGUCAUAUGAGGCGUCAUGUGUAAAAUGUAUUCUGCCAUCACACUUAAGGUGCGUUCACACCAGAUGCGAAUGAAGCGUUAAGCGCGAGUGAUUUACAUGUUAAGUGAAUGCAAAGACGCGAAUAGACAUCCUGUAUAUGUUAGAAAAAUUUGAACUUUGGCGAAAAUUCGCGCCACAUUAACCAAUCAGGAGCUUGCUCUAGUAGUGACAUGAUUACGACGUAGGAGGAAGGCAGAAAUCUGAAACAACAAUGGUGUGUUACUUUGUGCACAACAUAGUAAAUCAUAAUUUAUAGCCUAUUUGUUACAUAAAAAUAUUAUUUCUAUGUCAAGACUAGAAUAGGCUACUUACGGCAAACAUUUGUACAUUCAUUCUAAUUAUAUCCUAUUACAAAUACACUCACAAUAGUAUAAUAAAAAAUAGUUAUUUGUGAUUGGACCAGUGUAGUGUAAUGAGACUGGAGCCACCUGGCAGAAGCCCCUCCUUGACGCGAAUUUGCGUCUGUUGUGAAGUUAAUUUCACGCGCGAAUGAAGCGAGUAAACUCAAAAUGUUCAAGCAUCCAACUAUGCGCGAUUUAUUCGCGCAAGUCAUGUGCUUGUGAGAUCCUAUGUGUGUCGAAGGAGUUUUAAAUGACAUAAAAUUAGGGUAACACUUUAUUUUAAAGUGUCAUAAUACAUAGUAAUUACCUAAUUAAGUACUUGGUAGUAGCCAUUGUACUUUUGCCAUUGUUCUGUCAUCUCAGCGUUUGAACCUGAUUAUGUGAUAAACUCUGGAGUGCGUACACCUGAAAGUCACACGGAACAUGGAGAGUGUCAAUUUGAUUCACUUCGCUGCUGAAGAUUAAGAGUUAUUAUUAAAAAUGUAAUUCUAACAUUUGUAUUUCCUUUGUAUUUUGUUGUAUUUUUCCUGCCAGACAUUAGUCACUAUGGCUACUCAUUAAAGGGAUACU